GAGCUGCAGGUGGACGAUGUGGCUAUGCCCAUGUGCGCGCUGGAAUGGGCGUGAUUGGCGUCUGCGUUCUGCACCUGCCCCGCACCUGGCAACGCGCUCUCUCCCGGAGUUGGACUCCAUACACACCUUUCAGCUCGCUCCCUUUUGCCUCGUGCCAUCGCCCUCUCUCCUCUCGGCUCCGAUCAUGUCAUCGCCGGCGCCAACUCGUUACCACGCUCUUCCCCAGCAAGAGAUUCACCAGCGGCAUCUGGCAUCUCCUACACACAGGCAUGUGACGUACAACAACUAUCAGCGCUGGUUCAAUUUUUCUCUCCUGGUCCUUUUUCUCGAGUUCGGUCUUUUAAUUGUAGUGGUCGCCGUUGCGCUUCUAGCUAUCUUCGCUCAAGUCCCCUCACGCAAUGUCAUUCCAAGCGGAGGACCACUGAAAAUCGUGCCUCGGCCUUCUAACUCAAAGUACAUUCUUGAUCCUAAUUGGGAUGUCGCUGCCGCUGUCCGUACAAGAGAGUAUCACUGGAUUAUACAAGACGCUGAACGCAACCCUGACGGUGUCUACCGACCGAUGAUCCUUAUCAAUGGCGAGUUCCCAGGGCCUCUAAUCGAAUGCAACCAAGGAGAUACUAUCACUGUCUACAUUGAGAAUCAAUCCACCAAUUCGACUUCCUUCCAUUGGCACGGGAUCUACCAGAAUGGUAGCAAUUGGAUGGACGGUACCGCCGGUAUAACCCAGUGCCCCGUAGCCUCUGGGUCAAGCAUGACUUACAACUUCACCAUCGACGGACAAGCGGGAACUUACUGGUACCAUGCACAUAUGACCACCCAAGGCUCCGAUGGGUUGGCUGGACCCUUCAUCAUUCAUUCCAAGAAUGAGCGUGACAUGCAGCAGCUACAGUAUGCAACUGAUCAAGUUAUCAUGAUCCAAGACUAUUAUCAUGAUUUAACAAGCGCUUUGCUACCGCAUUAUCUGGCGCCAGAUCGCGAAAACGCCGAACCUGUUCCCGAUGGAGGACUCAUCAACGGCAAGAAUGUUCGCAACUGCGAUACUCUCUUAAAUCGUCGGUGUGAUAACUCCACUUCUUCCCUAUCUGUGUUUGAACUUGAUGAGAACAAGAAACACCGUCUGCGUAUCAUCAAUACAGGAGCGUUUGCGGAGUUUCAGGUCCAGAUCGACGAGCAUGAAUUUGCCGUGACAGAAGCCGAUGGCACUGAUCUAUGGCCAACGUACCAUCACCGUCUUAACAUUAGCCCCGGUCAGCGAUAUAGCAUAGUUCUGACUACGAACGUCAGCUCUGCCGGGUUUUUCUGGAUGCGAGCGAAAAUGGUGACUGCUUGUUUCGCUGAGGAGAACCUCAGUCUGGCUUCUGAGGUUCGAGCAAUUGUGGCAUACAAGCCCGCCAAAGACAGUAACAGGACGCACCGUCCAUCCAGCAUUGAAUGGGGUGAUCCCACGGAUAUGCAGUGUCUCGAUAUGAACGCCACCGAACUUCGGCCAGUAGUUUCUUUACGCGCUCCGUCAGCUGCAGACACACUCAUUCAUUUGCGCUCCAACUUUGAGAUUGGCUCGUGGCGGCUCAGCCGUGGCUAUUUCAAUAGCUCUUCUUGGAGGCCUAAUUUUUCGUCUCCUUCGUUAUACCGCCUGGUAUCUGGUCACCAAAGUAAAAAUUCCAGUUUCAUCAAUUCUAUGUCCGUACCGUAUGGUAUAAACUCCGAAGGUUUUGAUACCACUGUCGAACUUGUCUAUCAAACCACCGGAAUUCGAACGGUCGACAUCCUUGUCUCAAACUUCGACGACGGCAGUCACCCAUUACAUAUGCACGGAUAUAAAUUCUUUGUUCUUUCUUCUGGCCAUGGUUAUCCUCCAGUAGACUUGAUGCAAAAUUUGGACUUGUCAAAUCCACUUCGCAGAGACACAGCUAGUGUUGAGGCUUUUGGCUGGAUCUUACUGAGGUUUGUGGCAGAUAACCCAGGGAUCUGGGCAUUUCACUGCCACUUUACCUGGCACACUGAAGCGGGCAUGUUGAUGCAAUUUGCGACAAGAGCCGACGAAAUGGCAACUUUUAAUGUACCCGACGAGCAUCACAAUAUGUGUGAGGCCAAAGGGUUGAACAAGGGAGCUGCCCCAGACGACAGUACAUGGUUCGGAGAUUUUGGAAACUUCCAUCAAGGCGAUAAAUCCAAAUAAGGGAUAUAGUGGCUUUGAGACAAUCACUACGAAGCUGCUUUGUAUACCUGCAAGCCAGUUUAGAACUCACGACCCAUCCAUGAUAAAAUCGUAGGGAAUAAGAACACUUAAUUAUGAUAUGUACAUUAUAAUGCCAUCUCCUUCGUUGCUGUUCUUACAUCCAUCGA